AUGGCAUCCACGGAAUACACAGAACGUACAUACAUCAUGGUCAAGCCCGACGGUGUUGAGCGUGGUUUGGUCGGUGAGAUUAUCAAGCGUUUCGAGAACAAGGGUUAUCAACUUGUAGCCAUAGAGCUCUUCAAGGCCGAAAAAACCAUUUUGGAAGAACACUAUAAAGAUUUGAGUGGUCGAUCUUUUUUCCCACGUCUUAUAGCUUACAUGCAGUCCGGACCUGUGGUCGGUAUGGUCUGGCAGGGUAAAGAGGUCGUCAAGACCGGUCGCUUACUUUUGGGUGCAACCAAUCCCCUUGAAUCUGCUCCUGGUACCAUCCGUGGUGAUUUCUGUGUUGAUGUGGGUCAAAACCUCUGUCACGGUUCGGAUUCGGUUCAGAACGCCGAGAGUGAGAUAAAGCUCUGGUUCCCCAGAGGUGUUACACAAUGGAAACGUGAACGUUUGGAUAGUUUACUUUACGAGUGA